AUGUCAGAUGGAGUGACGAUUGAAUUUGCAACACGAAUCACCGCGCAGUGUGCGGAAAUUCGUGAUUUAUACGAGAUCGAAGAGUACGUUCGACAGCCAAACGAGCAGAAUAUAAUCGAAUUUCUCUACGAUCUGAGCGCUUUUCUUCUGGAGUUAGAAUGCCCACACGAGGAAUUGACUUGUGGAGAUAUUACAACUCGAUUCUGUUCGCAGUCUUCCAGAGAUCUUCUUUCCAGUUUUCUCGCUUCAGAAGUGAAAACUGCUCGACUUGUGACACUGCGGAAAAUUGAAUCCGGUGAAAUUGUCUCCGAAAAACGGGAUCUCGAACUAACUCCUGUUAUCGACGCUGCAUUCCGUACUCUCGAUAUUCCAAAGCAUACAGGAAGCGUCAACGAAUGGAAAUUGAUGGAAACUUUGAGACAGAAAACAGAAAGUCGAGUGACUCAGAGUCAAAGAAAUCCAUUGUUCAAAGCAACGCUUGACGACAAGACGCUACCUGAUAUCGAGAAACAAUGCGAGUUCUUCUCCCGAGACUUUUACAACCGUCUCUUGCUUCUGAACAGUCGCCUCAAAGUAACCGUUGAGUCAUUUCUCUGGAAUGAUCGAUUGAAAAUCCAUCGAGAGAAUAUUCAAUCGAUUUUAUCCACCAGAGUUGAAGAGAUUGGGAAGUUGAAAGCGAACAGCGACAUUGCUCAUCUCCUCUCUGCGAGCUCUUCUCUUCUCUAUAUUCAGAAGGCGUCAGAUGUAUCUAGAAGAAAUCGAACAAAGACCAAGCAACACCCUCUGUCCUCUGGAGAAGCUCCAAAAGAUCGUGGAGGCCGAACGGACGAGAUGGUUGGCGUGAAACAAGAAUCCUUCAAACAGCAACAGCAUAAUUAUAAUAGACAAAAUUCACACCAACAAAAUCGCUCUAAAGGCACUUUUGAGCGACCGAAAACUCACGAGGAGCAGGUUCUCGAACAACACACUUCGCAUCAUGGACAGAGCUGGCGAGGUGGUCAUAGAGGCGGCAGAGGUAGAGGUGGAGGCAGAGGAGGACGUGGAUCGUAUUGA